AUGUCUGAACAAUGGAGUUUAUGUCUGCAAAGUCGUCAGGGACGUAAGAUUGUCAAAAUAACUGACACAGCGACAACAGAAGAAUUGUUUCAACUGGCUACUGAAACCUUUCAAACUCCAGUCUUGACGUUGAAAUACGGUUUCCCUCCCAAAGGAUUGGAAAAGGGAAGCAUUUCCAUCAAGGAUAUCAUUCAAAAUCAAGAGCGCUUGCAGGUGGAAUUUGAUACUACUGCCAACAGUGAACCUACUGGAAAAGCAAAAGCCAAGGGCAAAGGAAAAGGAAAAGGGAAAGGGAAAAUCAGCACUGCUCCAGAAGUGCCAGAAGUCGACAUUACCAAUUCGGGUCGACGAUCCAAGCGAGCUGCAGCCAAAGCCGCCACGGAAGCCAUGCCAGCUGUGAUCAAGGCCCAAGACGAAAUGAUGAACAAAGCAUCCGCGCCCAGUAAGAAGCGUCCCCGACCCACCACGAAGCCAUCCGGCAACAAAACAUCCUCCAGACCCAACUUUGGGGCCAGUGUAGGAGACGGAAGGCGACUGGCCGAUGGUGCCACGGUAGUCAAUCCCAAAAAGAGUCGGGCCAAGAAAAAUAUUUUACAAGCCUCUGGAAGUGGUGACAUGUCCGAAGCUCUAUUGGGAGCCUUGAACAACAAAGGCAAAAUGGGUUCGGUCUUAAGAAAGGGAAUGAAGAAUGCUGUGGGCAAGUCGUAUGAAACCACCCGGGCCUUUUCACGUUUGGCUGCCAUUCAAAACCAAUCCUAUCAACUAGUGGUACAAGAAAAUCAAAUUGGUGGUGAAAGUAAUAAUGGCAAAUUGACCAUUACGUACAAGGGGACCGUCGAUAAAUCCAUUCAAAUGGAUACCGUUGAUUGCAUCCCACGGGAUAUUCUGGAAGCGGUUAUUCAAGGGAUUCAUGCCUCCAAUGAAGACGCUCUCCGGGUUGAAAAUUUGGCCCUAUUGUCGCCGCGGGUCUUGUGGAGUUUGGUCCAUGCCUUUCCGAAUACACCUGACGUCACGGAUUGCUACAAGCAAUUGCUUCCCAAUUUGGAUUGGUCUUUCUUGAGACGACGGGCACAGCAAUUGUCCGAAAAGGCGAUGGAGAAUCUGCGUCAAGAUCAAGAGUCAAAAGGAGAAGGGGCCAUGGAUGCUGGUAAAGCACAAGAUGCCAUUGCAGCCGUCGAACAUGCCAUGGAACACUUGCAAGAGCACGAAAAGGUGGAACGAAGCUCACGACAAGCCCGCGCCGCGUUGGCACGAAUGCAACAACACGAUGCUUCUUCUACAUGGAAACUAGUAACACCCGAUGAAAUUGAUCGCGAUGAACUGCGAGAAUGCAUUCAAGCGGCACCACCUGACAAUCCGGACAAGAUUUCUUCGAUUAUAACUCAUAUGAUCAAGACUUGCCAAAUUCACAACUGGAGGGAACUGGCCAACGUUCCCGAGGAUAUCAAAACACGCCUACCAACAAUUGCCGACAAGUUUCAAGAAUUUGGUACAACGCCAAACGAAGUAUCGAAAUGGGUUGAUAAAGCGCAAGAAGAGUCGGUGGACGAGAUCAUUGUGGACAUUUGUGAUGGCAAUGUCCCCGCAGUGGAAAUCUUGACGGAGCAAGCACGCACGGGAACGCCCAAGGACUUGGCCAAUUGGAGAUUGAUUCCAGAAGCUUUGCACUCGGAGUUGAAUGAUAAAAACGAUAACAAGCCGACUAUCGAACAACUUGCCACUUGGUCCAAGCGAGCUCAUGACUCGUUGGAAGAACAUGAAUGGCUCAGCUGGUAUGCUACUCCUGUGGGAUAA